CUUUGUUCACCUCAAGCCAUCGAUUCAACGACGCGUAUCUCAGCUUUCGACUUCUCCUGCAUUUCGAGCGCUGCACCUUCACGAUCGCCAAUCCAGCUUUACACUACGUCUACACUUACACCACGAUUUGCGUAUCAGAACGCUUUAUCGACUGCGACCAUGUCUGACGCGGGUAGUGAUGCCGCGAAGGGCCUCUCAGAUGAUGAGGUUGGCGGUACAGUUGUGCCAGUAGAGAGCGGAAGCGGAGAAACGCCACGCGACACAGUUGAAGAGAACGGUCUGGAUGACGACGAGGAUGAUCUGUUCGGUGAUGGCGGAGAUGCAGAUGAAGAGCCGGCAGUAGAGCAGCGCAAGCUCGACGAUGAGGAGCUUGACUCCGGCGAUGAUGAGGGACGUGAUGAUCGGGCACCACAAGCUGUCGAGUACGAACAGGAGCAGCAGACACUGUCCUUCAUGGAAACAGAUCUUGCGCGACAUGCAAUUCCAGAGCCCAGCGACGGCGAAUUAUACCUCCUGAAAGUACCGCAAUUCCUGGCGUUCGAGCCAACUGCUUUCAACCAUAAGAUUUUCCAGCCGCCAACAACAGACCACCACUCGAAGUUCGCUGCGACCGAACACUUCUCCGCAUACGAUACCGCUAUGUCUACCAUCCGAUGGCGACGGUCGCCCUCAAAUCACGCUGAGCUUCAGUCCAAUGCGCGCGUCUUGCGCUGGUCUGAUGGCUCAUUGACCCUCCAGUUCGCCAACGAUCCUACUACACAGUUCGACAUCGACGCAAAUGCGCUCGCCCCACCGCAGGUCAACCCCAAGAUUCCCACGCCGACCUCGAUGAAGAGGAGUGCCAAGGGCGAUAAGGAGAGCUACACAUAUCUUGUUGCCCCCUAUGAGGAGGCUCAGAUUAUGCGCGUGACCAACAAGUUUACGACCGCCCUUAAUGUUGUUCCUGCAGCAAACUUGAAAGACGCUGCGCUGGAGAAGUUACAGAACGACUUGGCAGCUGCAGCAACCCGUGGCCGAGAUGAGGCUGAUCAAGCCAUCUCCUUUGUUAAUGUCGACGAAGACCCCGACCUUAUCAGACAGCGAGAAGAGGCAACUUUCAAAGAGAGGCAGCGACAAGCCAGGGCGAGGGAGAAGCACGCCGAGCGCCAAGCUGAGCGCGCAAAUCGUGGAGCUGUAGGCCGCGGUGGACUACGCACGGCCGGUCUCAGCAUUGGCGACCUGGAAGAUGACGAGGGCGCACCACGGACAAAGAAACCACGUGCGAAGACUGGCCUACGACGAGACUGGAGCGACGACGAAGAUUACGGUCGUGGUGCUGGCAGGAACCGUGAGGACGAUUAUGAUGAGGAGGACGAUUUCAUCGCUGCCAGUGACGAGGAGCCAGAAAUUGUCGAAGAUGAUGACGAUCCAGAUGAGGGCAUCAUGGCGAGUCCCAAGAGGAAGAGCGGUGGUAACGAUGAAGAUGACGACGAUGAGGUGGUUCCCAGCAACCGCACAAAACGGAGACGAGUCGUGGACGAUGAUGAAGACGAUGAGUAGACAACGCCAAACCACCAUGUUGGCUUGCCUUGUCAGGACCAAGAUACAUCAUUUAUCCCAUCUUUGAAUAUCAGCAUAGCCUGGCGUUGUGGCAUUUGACUUAUGGACAAACCUAGCACGCAGAAACAC